AAGAUAAAUGGGACCCCAGGGACCCUCAAGGGAAGACAGAGAACGGAGCACAGCUGCUCCUAUCCAUUAGCACCUUUGCCCUCAGUCUCCUGGCUGCAGAGGCCAGUGUUUGGGACAGAGAUCUCUGUGAUAUGUGCUCCGGGAUGCUGUGGCUGCUGUUUCUCAUGCUCCCUUGUCUGGGGAGCACAAACCUUGUGACUCCUGACCUCAGCUCAGGACAGGGGUUGGCAGGCAUUGUCGGAGGCUGCCCUGUCUCGUUCCGACGGUUCCCAUGGCAGGUCAGCCUGAGGUUCUACAAUAUGGAGAAGAGCAAAUGGGAACACAUCUGUGGGGGCUCCCUCAUCCACCCUCAGUGGGUGCUCACUGCUGCCCACUGUGUGACGCCAAAAGAGCUGGAGGCCUGUGCUUUUAGAGUCCAAGUUGGACAGUUGAGACUCUAUGAAAAUGACAGACUGAUCAAAGUGGCCAAGAUCAUCCACCACCCCAAGUUUAGUGAGAGGCUGUCUGUCCGAGGGGGUGCAGACAUUGCUCUGCUGAAACUGGACACCCCUGCUGUGCUGUCUGAGCGUGUCUACCCUGUUUUUCUCCCCGCUGCCUCCCAGAGGGUCCCCUCAACGAAGAUCUGCUGGGUGGCUGGCUGGGGCCACAUCGAGGACCAGAUGCCACUGCCACCACCCUACUACCUGAGGGAAGUGGCAGUCCCCAUUGUGGAAAACAGUGACUGUGAACAGAAGUACAGGACCAAUUCCUCCUUGGACAGCAGGACCAGGAUCAUCAAAGAUGACAUGCUUUGUGCCGGGAGGGAGGGCCACAAUUCUUGCCAGUAUGACUCCGGGGGCCCCUUGGUAUGCAAGUGGAACUGCUCCUGGAUCCAGGUGGGUGUGGUCAGCUGGAGCAUAGGCUGUGGCCUUCCUGAAUUCCCUGGAGUAUACACCCGAGUGAUGAAGUACGUGGCCUGGAUCCAUCGCUACGUCCCCAAGUUCCCAGAACCCUCGAUGGGCCCAGAUGGGAUUUAUACAACAAAGGAGCCUCCUACCACUCUUGUUAAACCCCUCACUCCUCCUGCUAGUCCAGUCCCACUUUCUUAA